UUGGCCGCGCGUGGGGCGGUCGGUCUGGCCGCGGAGCCGGGGGGACAGCGCGCCGGGACGCGGAAGCUCAGCCGGAGCACCGCUCGGAGCGCGCGGCGGGUGCAGCGCAGGGUCCCGGGAUGCUGCGAGUCGCCAGCCGCCGCCCCGAGCCGCCCGCGGGACAUGUGGCCGCCGGGUCCCCGCUCCUGCUGCUCCUGCUGCUGCUGUCUUGUUGCGCGGACGCCUGCGGAGGUGCUCCAGUAUUACCUCAAGGAUUACAGCCUGAACAAGAAUUACAGUUGUGGAAUGAGAUAAAUGACGCUUGUUUGUCUUUGUUGUCCGUGCAUCCACAGCCUCAGGCAUCCAGUGCAUUGGAGGAGCUUUGCCUCACAAUUAUGGGGACUCUACCAAAGCCCCAGGAAACAGAUGAAAAAGAUAACACCAAAAGGUUCUUAUUUCAUUAUUCGAAGACUCGAAAGUUGGGCAAUUCAAAUGUUGUGUCGUCUGUCGUGCAUCCGCUGCUGCAGCUCGUCCCGCGACUGCAUGAGAGAAGGAUGAAGAGGUUCAGACUGGACGAAGAAUUCCAAGGUCCUAAUGCAAGCCAAAGUAGAAGAUACUUUUUAUUCAGGCCACGCAAUGGAAGAAGAUCAGAAGGUUACAUUUAAAAUGAAUGCCAGCUAUAUUCUGCAGAAUCAACGCUAUGGGAUAUAAAAUCUACUGACUUUUUUUUCUUUUCUUCUGAAAAGCAAUCCUUGCUAAGUUUAACAAGUUUGAGAAUCCCUGUGUUGUAAACAUUCUUAGUAAAAGUUGACUGAGAUUGUAAAUGUUUAAUUUAUUGAAAAUUAAAGAAGAAUCUUAAAAUA